AUGAAACAGAACUAUUUAGGAAGUGAAAAUGAUGUGAUCGAAUUAGAUGAUGUAGCAAACAUUAUGUUUUAUGGAGAAGGAGAAGUUGGAGACAAUCACCAAAAGUUCAUGCUCAUCUUUGACACGGGUUCAGCCAACUUGUGGGUCCCAAGUAAGAAAUGUACUAGCAGCGGAUGCAGCAUUAAAAACCUGUACGACUCAAGCAAGUCCAAGUCAUACGAGAAGGAUGGAACCAAAGUUGAUAUCACUUACGGAUCUGGAACUGUAAAAGGUUUCUUCAGUAAAGAUUUAGUAACUUUGGGACAUUUAUCCAUGCCAUACAAAUUUAUUGAAGUCACCGACACUGAUGAUUUAGAACCCAUUUACAGUAGCGUCGAGUUUGAUGGAAUAUUAGGUUUAGGAUGGAAAGAUCUCUCCAUUGGAUCCAUUGAUCCCAUCGUUGUAGAGUUAAAGAACCAAAACAAAAUCGACAAUGCUUUGUUCACCUUCUACCUACCUAUCCAUGAUGUCCAUGCUGGUUACCUAACCAUUGGUGGUAUUGAAGAAAAAUUUUACGAAGGAAACAUCACCUAUGAAAAAUUAAAUCACGACUUGUACUGGCAAAUUGACUUAGAUGUACAUUUUGGAAAGCAAACUAUGGAAAAGGCCAACGUCAUCGUUGAUAGUGGCACAACAACUAUUACCGCCCCUUCAGAAUUUCUAAACAAAUUUUUUGCUAACCUAAAUGUUAUUAAAGUUCCCUUCUUGCCAUUUUACGUAACUACUUGUGAUAACAAGGAAAUGCCAACCCUUGAAUUUAAAUCAGCCAACAACACCUACACUUUAGAACCCGAAUAUUACAUGAACCCACUUCUCGAUGUGGAUGACACCUUGUGUAUGAUUACAAUGCUACCAGUCGACAUUGAUUCGAACACCUUCAUUUUGGGAGACCCAUUCAUGAGAAAAUACUUCACCAUUUUUGACUACGACAAGGAGAGUGUCGGUUUUGCCAUUGCUAAGAACUGA